ACUUUGUCAAGAUUGGCAGAAUUCAGCACUCGUGAAACCGUCAACUACAAGGCAACGACUAUGAGCGACAAACCCGUCUUGCUUUUCGUCACCGGCGCGUGGCAUCCUCCCAAGUGCUAUGAUAGCCUCAGGACGACGCUUAUUGAUCUCGGCUAUGAGUGUGUCAUUCCCAAGAUGCCCACGAUAGGAGCUGAUAGCCAUGGAGUCACUUGGGAGGCGGAUAAGGCUAAGAUCAUUGAAACAUCGGAGCCUUACUUUGCCGAAGGACGAGAGGUCGUUCUUAUUGCGCAUUCAUACGGAGGCAUUCCCGCUACUGCCGUCACAGAAGGACAGGGGAUCAGCGAGCGAGCAGAGAAGGGUCUCAAGGGUGGAUUUCACUCAAUCAUUUUUAUGGCUGCAUUUGCAAUUCCAGUUAAGGGGUGGGAUCUCAUCACGACUUUCGGUGGCGCAUACCCUGAGUGGCUUCAAACUGGCGAGAAAUAUACCAAGAAUAAAAUCACGACUAUGUCGCCCGAAGGAGCAUGGAAUAGCCUAUACAAUGGCUGUCCUAAAGAAGCAGCCCAAGAAGCUUUUGACGCCACACAGCCACAUUCUCAAGAUGCAUUUGAGACUGGCCUAGACUUUAUCGGUUCCGACAUCACCAUUCCAAAGACCUACAUAAUCUGUGAGAAGGAUCAGGUGAUACCGCUCCCUCUCCAGGAACAGCUUGUUCAGUCGACGCCGGGUAUGAAGGAGGCGAGGAUGGCAACCAGUCAUAGCCCGUUCCUUGAAAAGAGACAGGAAACUGCAGAGUUGAUCGUCAAGAUCGUCGAGGGCCGGAACUGA